CCAUGGUUGUGACUCCCACUGUCACUCAGGUGAGCAGAAUGUCCCAUGGUUGUGACUCCCACUGUCUCUCAGGUGAGCAGAAUGUCCCAUGGUUGUCACUCCCACUGUCACUCAGGUGAGCAGAAUGUCCCAUGGUUGUCACUCCCACUGUCUCUCAGGUGAGCAGAAUGACUCAUGGGUCUCUAGGUAUUUUGUGUAUCUCUUGACCUUAACUUGUUACUGAUGGUCAGUUUGCCAUUUAAUUUAUUUAAUCCUGCUAAGAUUUGCUGCUCUAUCAAGGGUAACAUUGUGCAGAUUAACAGGCCAUCGUCAUUCAUGGCUUUUUGACAAUGGCAGUAAGCGUGGAUAAGUUGGGACUGUUUUUCUGAUUGGAAACCAAUGCUAACAAUGGAGGCUAUGUUUCCAAUGACAUGUAGCAGGAAUGCUUUUGGUUUUACGAUACUGUGAAUUUUUUCAGACCAAUUAACUUCAAAAUUCCUUUCAUAUCCGUGACACUAGUAAUUUGGAACUUUUCAAAUUUUCAUUUGAUGGAUUUAAAAUACAUAUAAUUGGAAAAUAACUAUGGAUUACAGUGAAAGAUUUAAGAGAUAUUCACGGACUGACUCGAAAGAUAGUCGUAGUAAACUUAGGUCCAAAGAAAGUCGCAAUGGGUCUUUAACUAUGAAACCCAGCUCUAACGAGAGUAACGACGAAGCUGUAAUUUACGGAGGUCAAACCUCGCGCAGGGUGAGCGGGGAGUUGAAAGGAAGACUAAGAGAAUAUAAUAAAAAAGAGAGUGGAGAAGUGAACGGCAGACAGAGGGGCAGUAGUGAAUUCAAUCGUAAAAGUGCAGAGAUUUAUCAUAGCAAUAAAUCCAGUAGGGAGGGUGGAGAAUUGAACAGCAGGGGGAAAGCAAGUGCAGAAAAUAACAGUGGUAAACACACAUCGAAAACCAAAGAUCGCAGAAGACAAACGAAAGAACCACAAUCUCAAAUGGAGGCGCUAGUUCCUGUAAAAACAGGAAGGUCCUCUCCGGGAAAACUGGCAUCUCCACGGAAACUAGGAAAGGGAGAAAUUCCCCACAACCACCCAGACCGAUCAAUUACAGAAAUAAGAAUGCAAUCAAAUGCCCUUAGGAAAUUUGAUAUAUGGCAACGCCCAAGUAUUGGUGUAAAAAUCAAGGGCGGAUCCGAUGAUUUUGGUUCCUACCAUUUUGAGAGUCGUGGAUUUUACGACCCAUCCAUCUACUUAUAUCCAACAACUGACAAUGUACCCCGCAGUUACCUAGAGGAGAAGGAAAUGGAAUGCCUGGCUAAGGACGAGACUAUUAGGAUACUGAAUUCCAAAAUCAGGAGAUUAGAACAUCUCAUACAGCUUAAAGAUACGCGGCUCCUUGAGCUCCAGGGACAAUACAGUCGUGAGCAGAGACUGUAUUACAUGGCCGCUAGAAAUAAUAUUUUACGAUAACACAACAUUAAUAUCGUAUUCUUCUCAUUUCAUUAACAUCACCUCAAUGUUUAUUUCAGUGUACCCUCUUGCUUUGCUCACUAUUUUUAUGUUAUAGUCUUGACUUAACUUUAAGUUUUUUCCGUGAAUUGAAUGCUACUCACUCUUACUUUACGUCGACUGGACUUGGGGAAACCUAUUGCAUGUUCACCAUUUUUUCAUGUCAUAUUUUGUAGAUGCUCAAUUCAAAAAUUCGACGACUUGAACACCUCUUACAGUUAAAAGAAACCAGAAUGUUAGAUCUACAAGGGCAAUUAGCAAGAGAGCAAGGCCUGUACUACGUAACCAGCAGGAAAAAUGUUGUCAAAUAAAAACACACCUCUCCGCCUUGAGCAGAGAGAUUAAACCAUGUGAUCCAAUGCAUAUUGCAGCGCGACAACAGUAUUGUGAAACAUUUUCUCGAGACCAUCCUCUCUUGCUUGUGUCUUUGUGUGUAUUGUCUCAUCAUGUAUAUCAAAUGACCAAUCACAAGUUCUCUAACAAGUGGUGUGUGGGAAUCUCCUACUAACUUAUGUAACAAGCAUGAUCACUGGGUCUGGAUUGUGCUGAAUUGACUGUGAUAUUUUUCUGUGAUAAUUCAGAUUAUCAGUGUAUAUAUACAUUCACAUCUCCAAUAUUUUAUUGAGUUAUAGUCAAUAUAUUUGGUGUUAAUCACCUCCAUUGUAAUUGAGGUCACUGAUUGCUCAGACUAGUUUUUUCUUUCAUUAUAUAAAAUUAACACAGAAUUUCUUUUGCUUGCUUCUAAAAAAGACUCGUAGUGUGAGGAUGUAAUGCUUUCAUAGUGUUUGCCUUGGAUCAGUUGAAGCAACUCUAAAUUCGUGUAUCAUACGAAUGACUUAUUAUCUAAGUAAAGAUUUAUCAGUGUUGCCCAUCAACUCAAGCUUGCUUUAUUUUGAGAGUUCAAAGCUUAGGAAAUUUUAUGGCACCUUUCGUGAGACACCAGAGGGCAGCACCUGGCUGUAGAUCCUCCUACCCCCUUUUUUUAUCUCCCUUUAUUUUAAAAGGGUUUUUUUUAUCAAAUUUUCAAACAAUUUAUCUGUGGGGUGUAGGGGUGUGUUAAUUACUGUUGGGGAAUGAAGCCUCUUUGGAGAAAUUCUAGAAUUCACAUUGUAAAUAGUGUACAUAAGUCAAAAUAACUCUAGACUCCUAAUGAAGGCUUAUAACCCUGAGUGUGAAGAAUUCCGUGUUUGCCAAAGUGUUGUACAUAAGAAAAGGGCAACUAAUACUCUUAACAGUUAUACAUCCUAAAUUUGUCAUCAAAACUAAAAUCACUAUCUAAAGAAAAUAUUUGUAUGGAAAGGGGUUUUCCUUGUUAGUAAUAUUUCUCAACAAUUAUAGUACAAUUAUAGUACAUAGUAAAUAGUCAUUUUUGUUUGGACUCUUUUAACUUGUGUUCUCAAGCUUCUUUGUUCUGUCUGGCUUAUUUUAUGAGGUCUAGAUAUUUUUUUUUUUUUAAAAUCUGUCUUUUUAUACUUUCUUUUGUGUUUUUACAAAUCUGAACAUGCAUGAAUAUGUCAAAAUUUGGAAUUCUGUGUAGAAUGAAUAUUUCUAGUCUUAUCUUAUAUAAUUGUGCUGUGCAUUUAUAUGUUUGAAAUACAGGGAACUGUCAUCCAUCAUUAAUUCAAAAAGUGUAUAAUUAAAUUAUAUGUCAAUUUUUGUUAAAAAGACAAGAUUCGUCGUCGAUUUUUUAUGUAUGGACAAUCAAUACCGGUUCCUGUUUUGUAUUCAUGUAUGAAAGCAAUGUCAAUUGUUUUUACGUUUUCAUUGGGAAAAAAAUCUUUUUGCUCCUUAAAUGAUGGUGUUUUUGAUUUGUUCACAGAAUGUUUGAAAUUUAUAUACAAAUUUUGUGUUAUGCAACAUGUUUGGGCUUUGUGUUCAAUCUAAUUGAGGAAAGAAUUACAGUGAUUUGGCUACAAUCAUUACAAGCUGUAUAUCACACUGACUCUUCACACAGAGAGUUGGGAGGAAAUGUCUGAAUGCCUUCUUUUGUGUUGAUGUAUACAAAAGUUACCAUUAUUUAUGUAAAAGAGAUAUAUUUAUUUACAAGUUCAAUUAAACUCUUUCUACCAGA